AGAUCAUGGUGGUGCUAAAGGGCGUCCCGGCGCUGCUGUCCCCUGAGCUGCUCUACGCCCUGGCACGGAUGGGGCACGGAGACGAGAUCGUUUUUGCAGACGUGAACUUCCCCACCUCCUCCAUAUGCAGGUGUGGCCCGGAGGAGAUCCGCGCUGACGGCCUGGGCACCCCACCGCUCCUGGAGGCUGUUCUGAAGGUGCUGCCACUGGACACCUACGUGGAGAGCCCGGCUGCUGUCAUGGAGCUGGUGCCCAGUGACAGGAAGACAGGCCUUCAGACUCCAGUGUGGAGGAGCUACCAGUCCAUCCUAUUUGAGGCUGGCUGCAUGAGCACCCUGGCAAGGAUAGAGAGGUUUGAGUUUUACGCGCGGGCCAAAAAGGCUUUUGCUGUUGUAGCAACUGGGGAGACGGCCCUCUAUGGAAAUCUCAUCCUCACGAAGGGGGUGCUGGCCCCCGAGGCACUGUUCUAGGCCUGGCGAAGACCACGGGGCCCAGAGAGGAAUCUGGAUCUCUGAGCCAGACAACGGACGAACCGGCCCUGCCCUGCUCAGCGCAGACUGCACCCAGCUGGGGACCCCUGGGAGGUAGGGGGAGGGGCUGCUGCCUGGUACUGGGACUCACCCAAUUUACGACAAU